AUGGGUGGCCAUUUGGAUCCGAAGAGUGGAUAUUAUUUGGGGACCUGGGGUGAGAUGGGAUGCCCUACUCCCCAGCGCAUCGCGACUUAUUCUCUGUCGUCCAACCGUCAGCGUCCCCUUGCUGGUGCUUUUAACUCUGCCAUCUUCAACACCUUCCGGAGAUUCAGACACCAGGUUCUCUACGUGGCUCCCCCCUUCAUUGCCGCCUACGCCGCCAUGAACUGGGCCAUUGAGGAAAACCAUUUCCUCAACUCCAAGCCCGGCCGUCUCCUCCACGGUGGUGAAGAGUGA